AUGGGCGUGGUCGAGAGAUUCAUAGAGACGAUCAAGGAGAUUGCGACUCGGAUGGCCUGGGAAGUUCCGGACGACAUCGAGCCGCAGGAGAUCUUCACGUGGGCGUGCGCCGCUAACAACGACCUGAUGAGGCACAACGGUUACAGUCCACUUCUGCUCCUCAUGGGUCGCACUCCGGCUGGACAUGGUCUACAAGAUGAGGAUAAUCCCUCCACUCUCAGCGCAGAGGUGAAGGAAGAUCAAUUUCAGAAGCUCGUGCUGAACAAACGGACGGCGUACAAAGCCUGUGUAGAACACUACCUGUCCGAGAAGACGAAGAGAGCGCUGCUAGCCAAGACGCGACCGUUCAAGAUCUGGGAGCCUGGCGAAAAGGCACACUACUGGAGGAGCGCCAAGGGUAACAGCCAAAAGACGAAGCAAGGAAUGUCUGGACGCAUCCAUGGUCCAGCUACGGUGCUGACGCAAGAGCGCGAGGUCAAGAACGGAGUAGCAGGACGUCGCGGAGUUGUCUGGCUUGUGGAUGGCGAUCGACUGGUACGAGCAGCAGCAGCGCACCUGCGCACCGUCACGAAGGCAGAGCAGACACUGGAGAGUAUUUCGGCCGGCAGCUCAGACCAGUUCCAGAAGCUAGACCAGAUGAAUGGCAUGACAUUCCCGAAGGUGAAGAUGGACCGGAUGGAGAUCAAUACCGGGAACCACCUCGUGACCACGGAGAUCACCUCUUCUCUGAGGCAGGCGACAAACAUGGACAGGAUCACGAAGAAGAAGAUCUACGAGGAGGACCAGCAGAAGUUCCCGAAGAACCAGGAGGAGGACCUGACCGACCUGCCGACAGACCUCAAACCGAAGUUCCCUGGGGGCCUAGGCCAGCUGGAGAAGAAUCCAGAGAGAAUGCUGGCAGCCUUGGUGAAGCAGAACAAGGUUGAGGUCAAGCUGAAGGAUCUCACACCGGAGGAGAAGAAGCAGUUACCGUUCGCCAAGGAGAACGAGAUCAAGUCGUUCCUGAAGUAUCGCGUAUGUGAGGCGGCCAGUCGCGCUGGUGCACAUCCCGGAGCGUUAAUGAAAAUGCGCUGGGUCAUCACCAAGAAGGAGACGGGCGACCUCAAGGCACGCCUGGUGGUCCUCGGCUAUACUGGUCCGCUUCUCAUCUACGAGCAGUUCUUGGACAACUAUAUGUGGCUAUCCACUCAAGGUAUUCCACUCAUCAGUGCCGAGCUGUCAUUGCUGCUAGCAUACACGAACACGGCGACGAUCAACACCCUGAUGCAGGCGAACAAGCUGGUCAGGUCGGAGAGCAGCGCGCUGGGCAUGAAGGACAAGAGGAGCGCGCUAGAGGCCCUGGCACUGAAGAGAGGUAUGGCAGCUACGGCGACAUCACUACGCUGGUGUCAUAGUGGCGCCCAGCUCAGCGACUGCAUGACGAAGAACGCGGAGAAGGCCCGGGCGAGCUACAACCUCUGGCAGCAACGAGGUACCUGGAAGCUGACCUACGAUUCCAACUUCAUCUCAGAGAAGCAUCGGAAACAAAAAGGUUUGGACACGCUUGAGACGGGCUUUGCAGUGGAUGCAGACGAUGCGUGGCAGCUCUUCCCUGAGUACAUGGAGAUUGAGGACACUGACCUGGACAUUGUGAGUGACUUUCGUCACCCUGGUGCUCUCGGCAGCGCCUCGCCACUCUGGGGCAGGGCUUUAGCCCGAAGCCAGGACGAGGACGACAAGAGCAUGCAGAUAGCGCAGUUGGACGAAGACGACAAGGAGAUGCUCGAUAUCCGAAACACGGCGACGCUGAUCGACGGGAACCGUGCCCACGCCGUGGAAGAGUGGCUCGGCACCGACCGCUUCAGCUUGGUGUUCUACGUGUUAGACCACUGGGAGGCGACGUCGGACGAACUCAAGCAGCAGCUGGAGGAGGCCGGCUGCGUGUGGCCCACCGCGGCGUCGUUCAGUGCUGCCCAGAGCCUCCUGCCCAUGCCGAAGGGCUACACGGAGGCCAGUGCUGCAGCGCCGCGCAGGGUAGACGCCAUCAAGAGCCAUCACAAGAAGGACUCGAACAACAACGACGCUGUGGGGGACCACAAGAAGGUGGGGGUCAAGAAGAGCGUCCUGAAGCACACGAGCAAGAGCCCUUUCUCCAUCAUCACGACCCGGGCCGCGGAGCGAUGGACCAGCCAGACGAAGCUGAUCUGGCUGGAGGGCAAAGACGGGGUCUCCCCGCAGUCGGUAGACCGGCACGCGAAGUACUCGACAGCCGCCACCGUCGGCGAGGCGCUGUCCUUGGGCGCCAGGCCUGCCGAUCUGCUCCACGACUUCGAGGUGCGCCUGGUGAAGCCCCACCCCAAGGGGCCCCUGCGGACCGUGCCGCUGCGCCUGGUGCACACCAGAGACAGGAGAACGCCCUCGACAAGUACCUGA